UCAUCGAGACAUCAACAGCAUUGCAUUCCAUUUUAAAAAUCGAUUAUUAUCAUUCCUGCUGUACCGUUAUCGUUACUGACUUGACUUGGCGAUGACCUAUAAUCAAAAUUAUUCGCUCCCCAGCAAUCACUUAUGCACUAUCAGUCGGGAUGACGAGGAGAAGCUUAUCCAGCGUCUGUACUACCGUCAGAUGGAUUUGAUGGCUCAGCGUGAAGCUGAGCGUGAGAACACACUGAAGCGCAUGCUUCCUCAAAAAUCUAAGGAAGCCAUUUCAAAGGAAGAGGAGAAUCGUCUUAUUGAACGUAUGUAUAAUUUACAACUCCAACGGUUCCAGCUCUCCAAGGAGGAGCGCGAGAAGAAGGUUGAGGCUGAGGUUCAUAAAAAUGACAAAACCUUAAGUAGUAGCGAGAUUGAAGACCAGGUGCGACGAAUGUACAAUGUUGAACUUGAGAAGUCUCGACAGAGGCGACAAGAACUUGAGGCCCGGUACUUACCAACAAAAGAACCGAGAAAGCUGGCAUCAAGUGAACUGAAGGAGUGUGUUCAGCGCCUUUCGUUCGUCGAUUAUGCAAAGCUAGACCAAGAGCUCUUUGAAAAGUACGUCUACCCUCAUGACCCCAAGACCUCUACGAUAACCAGAAGCGAGGAGGAGGCCAUGGCGGACCGUCUGUCGACCUUUAAGCCUCGAAACUAGGAUGUGUGGAGAGGAGAGGGGGGAAGGGGAAAAAAGAUUUAGGUCAUCUUGAUAUAUUUUCCCCUUUUGACAUUCCUGGCUUUCGCACUAUACUGUGGAGUUCACGGUGCUACGAAAUCCCCAUCUUCCGUUUUCUGGAUGGUUUUUAUACGUGUAUUUAUGUGCCUUUCUCACUCAAGGUGCAAACCUCGUAGCAGUUUAUAUAAUCAUCUAUUUAUAUUCUCCAAAGCUGUUAAUCUUUAUGCAUCCAAUUUAGGGCUGAUACUCUACGUGUAUUCAAUUGGAUUGCCGGUAUUUCCUGCAAAUGUUCUGUCCAAAGACGAAACAACUAAGGGGAACAUUUUCGAUAGAUGAUCCAAAGCAAUCUUUGUUCAUAUUAGACUCUACUUGCGUUUCGCGCGCAAACUCUCUCGAUGUAUAUAGAUAAACAUACGUACAUAAAU